AUGGCGCCGUCCAAGGAGCUGCAGCCCAUCACUUCUCCGUUCUUCCCUAACAUCUUCUUCAAGAAUCAGUUUCGCACCAAGCCCGUAUGGCCUCCAAGGGACACCGACCUUAGCGGCAAGGUCGCCAUCGUGACCGGCGCGAACCAGGGCCUUGGUCUCGAAGCCUGUGCUCAGCUCCUUUCGCUCAGACUCACACAUUUGAUCAUGGCCGUGCGCUCAGUAGCUAAGGGCGAGGCCGCAGCCGACACUCUCCGGGCCAAACACCCCAAGGCGACCAUCCAAGUGUUUCAGCUGGACAUGUCCUCGUACGACUCCAUCCAGGGUUUUGUCGAGCAGGUCGAGCAACUCGAGCGCGUCGACAUUGCCAUUCUGAACGCCGGCGUGAGGAAGACAAACCCCCAAGUCGUCCGCGACACGGGCCACGAAGAGACCAUCCAAGUCAACUACAUCUCGACCGCGUUGCUCUGCAUCCUCCUCCUCCCGGUUCUCAAGCGCAAGUCCUCGCCGGGACCAGGCCGGAUCUCCAUCGUCGGGUCCGGCCUUGCGUUCGAAGCGAAAUUCCGCAACCGGAUGGACUCGCCGCUUUUGCCUUCGUUGGACGUUGCCAAAAACUUCGACGUGCUGGACCAGUACAACGUAUCCAAAGUCCUCGGCUUGAUGUUCCUUUACAGACUCGCUGAUUAUGUUUCUGCCGAUGAUGUGGUGGUCAACAUCGUCGACCCGGGCUAUGUCAGGGGCACAGGGUUGACUCGCGACGUGGGAUUCCCCGUGUCCGCCAUCAUGGCGUUCUGGGGCCGUAUUGCCGGCAGGUCCAUGAGGGUAGGCGCUUCGACAUACAUUGACGCUGCAGCACUCAAGGGGAAGGAGUCUCAUGGAUGCUUUAUCAUGGGUUGGAAGAUCUGGCCGUUUGUGCCGCUAAUGUAUACUUCGGAGGGUAAGCAGGUCAUUGACAAGGUGUGGCGGGAGACGAUGGAAGAGUUGAGCUUUGCGAAUGUUCAGGGUAUUUUGGACGAAAUGAAGCCGAUGUGA